UCCAGUUAAUGAUCACCUGCUCCCUCUACAUGAGGAGACUGCAAGGCGUGAGCUCUCAGUAGGGAGACUGAGGUUCAGCAGUGAGGCUGCAGCUGAAGCCACUGAGGGGUUUAAAGAUCUGAUUGCGCUCUGCCUUCAGUGGAACUAACUGAAGUGCAGUCAUGCGCCUGAUAGGGUGCACAGUGAUUUUCUCUGUCCUGCUGCAGGCUAUGUCUUCCCCACCAGAGGAGUGGCAGACAGCAACAUCGAUUUACAACUUCUCAGCAACAGAUAUUGAUGGCAACUUGGUUUCCCUUGAAAAAUACAGGGGGAAUGUUGUCAUCAUCACCAACGUUGCCUCUAAAUGAGGUAAAACCCCAGUAAACUACUCUCAGUUUGCGGAGAUGCACGCCAAGUACGCUGAGAGAGGUUUACGCAUCCUUGCCUUCCCUUCCAACCAGUUUGGAAACCAGGAGCCAGGCAAUGAAGGUCAGAUCAAGCAGUUUGCUCAGUCCUACAACGCUCAGUUUGACAUGUUCAGUAAGAUCGACGUGAACGGAGCCAACGCUCAUCCUCUGUGGAAGUGGCUGAAGGAGCAGCCCAACGGGAGAGGCUUCCUCGGAAAUAGUAUCAAGUGGAAUUUCACCAAGUUUCUGAUCAAUAAGGAGGGGCAGGUGGUGAAGAGAUACGGACCCCUGGAUGACCCAAGUGUGGUGGAGAAAGAUCUUCCCAAAUACCUUUAAACCCAUAAUGGAUGACUCACAGCACACUUACUGAUACACAGUUUGCCUUCCAGUCACCUUUCCCCUCCUUUCUCUGCCUCUCCAAGCACCAGUGGAUACAGUUUGCUUCCACCCCAGACCAGUGACGGUCUGCUCACAAACCCGCACGGCGGACAGAGCAGACCUGAUGAGAAUGGCGUGCAAACCUACUGGGAGGAUACAAAGCUGAUUUUCACUUGGUUCUCUGGAGUGAAUGAGAAAGGAUCCCUAAACACAUCAUUACCACCUUUUAGCAGCUUAAUAUGUUCUGUAUUCAUAAUAAAAUCCAUUAAGAAUUUACCC